UAAAUUACUUGAUGAAAUUUAUGGAAAAGACAAAUGGCAGACUUCUCAGUUAAAAGCAAAAACUGUACAACGAUCAAAUCGCGAAAAAUCUAUGCUGGAUUUUUCUACAUUUGACCGCAAUGCUAAUUUAGAGUCGACUCGAAUAACUAGCCAAAAACACAUACACAACUCUACAAAAGUUCCAACAACAAACAAGAAGAAAGUUAAGGAAAAUCGAGCUCCAACUUUGUCUAUAUGCGAUCCUGAAACAUCAUCGGACAAUGAAUCAAGUGACGAAUCUUGGAAAAUUGAAUCACAAAAUUCUACCGAUUCGGAGUUAACCCAAACUAAUAAGACAAAACAAAAACGGGUAGCUCCAAAACAACGUGUCAUCCGUCCACCCAGUUAUUCAGAUUCUGAUGAUGAUCAAAAUAUGAAUCAAAAUCCUACCAAUGGAGGAAAAACAAAAAGAAAGCUUUUCAAUCCAAACAAAACGUACGACGAAACGGAAUUAGAUUUGCAUGAGCAAUCAAAGGAAAAUAAAUCUAACGAUAUGGAUCAUGACAUAAACCAAAUAAAAGAUGAUGCUUUGUCAUUUUGCUUUGAAUUCGAAAAUGUGCCUAAAGCAUUGGAUCGUAUUAAAAACGGUAAAAGUAAUGCAACGCCUCUAAAGUCUCUAUCAAAGAAAAUUAACACAAUCAAUAGUGAAAAUCCGAAGAUCAGAAAAGAGACACAGACUCCCAAAAGCUCAGUCAAAAAACUAGGGUUCUUACAGUCGUUAGAUGUUAACACACCUGAAGAUAUAUGCGAUACUGAAGCGUUGAGAUUCCGUAAAAAUUACAAGAACCUGAAACAUGAAUUGACAGACAAAUUAUUCGCUUUGUAUAAUGAGCACAUUUUUGAAAAUGAAUUAGUGACGCCGUGCAGUUGGAAUAAAAAAUUACUAACUACUGCUGGAAGAUGUCGUUUGUCAAGAAUUGGUGGUGUUCGUAAAGCUCAAAUCGAGCUAAGUGACAAAGUUUUAACAUCAGCUGAUCGUCUCAGAUGUACUCUUAUUCAUGAAAUGUGUCAUGCAGCAACAUGGAUUUUUAAUGGAGAAGACGGCCACGGAAAAACUUGGAAGGCAUGGGCUCACAAAGCAAAUAUGAUUUUCAACUGA